GCACAACAACACUUUAUUUACCAAAGGAGAAGGAAGGAAGGGGAGGGAAAUGGAUUAAGGACACUGGAGAUUUGGAAUAUAAGCAUACACAUGCACACAUACACACUCAAUAAAGCAAAGAUGUUUUUCUACCUCCUUCAGGUACUGAUAGUGGCGAGGCUGCAGAAUCCGGUCUGCUGAGAUCUCCAACGGUGGAUCAUAGGUGCCGAAGCCAGGUAAGUAACCCUAUCUCAGACCCACCCUAUCCCUCUUUGCGUCGUCUAUGGGUGAGUGUCAGAUCUGACUAACUGGAUCAAGUCUGAGAGUGCACGUCUGCUUCCCAAAGGAAAAUAACUAAUAAACCCCAAGAUGACAACUUCAUUCAGUGAGUGGCUACUGCAGACCAGUAACCAAUGUGGAAGGUGUACCACCCCACAGAGAGAGAGCUUUUGGACACCUGAGCACCAAAGAUUCCAGCGCUCAAGAGCCCUUGACCCUGCCCAUCAUUUGUUUAUAUAGAAGCCAGUUACUUAGCAACAACUGAUUCACGCUCUUUUCACUUUCACGCCUUUUGCCCAGAUUAGGGGAACAAGAAACUGUCACAAAAUGGAGGUCACCUUGUUCUUAUCCAGACCAAGAUGGCCACCUAAUAAACAAUGCCCUAAAAUCCAACUGGGUGUGUGCCUUCCCCAAGAAUUUGGCAGAUUUUUGGAUGGGAGGCGCUGGGGGAAGGGAGGGGAGCGUGGUUGCCGGUGCGUGCUAAGCAUCCACUAAUUCUCCUGUCCCUGUUUAUUUCAUUUAUUGUCCCCAGUACUGACUUGUGGCCUGGGUCCAAUGACUCCUCCCUCUCAGCUGAGGGGUGGGCCUCUGGCUUUGGUCAGGCCUAGACCUGCCUGUCCCACUACACACAAAUAGUACACACAUCUCAAUUCUGCAACAAAUGAGGCAGGGGUUCUAUAGACAGCAGCCUCCUUAUCUAUACAACCACAGUUCAUCCCCAGGUUGGAUAGAAGGGAAACCUAGCAACCGGAGAGUCUAUCAGCCCGCAGGUUGCCUUCAGCAGUACUGUUAACCUUGGAACAAGAUCAAGCUUCCAGUGGAAGCCUGCCUAUGUUUUGGCAAAAAUUUUGUCAAAUCUGCAAUAGAUUAGUUGAAGCAUUUUACUCCAGUGAAUUUGCAUUUCUGAAUAAACUAAGUGGAGAUGGAAAAUUUCCACCCAGUUCUAAUUCAUACCCACCAUUCCAGAUAAAUUAUACAGUACUGAAUCCAUUGCCUUUUGAUAAGUCUCAGGAGCACUGAAAAAUCAAAGCGGAACUUUAUACAAUGUGUAAUAGCAAUGGUGAGUAACAAUUUAUGAAUUUAAGGCAGAAGAGACCAUUACAUCUUCUAGUCUGACCUCCUGCAUAAUACCCAGGAUAUUAAAGGACCUAUAGAAUUUAACUGCAGAAUAAGGCAUCCCUGAGAUCUGAAUGGAUUCAGGGAAGACUAUUUGCCACAAACCUUUCUUAGCAUAUAGUUUAAUGUAAUCUUUUGAGCCUUAUGUGGCCUGGAGCAUACUAUUAUUAUUAAGCAUAGGGUACAGGUGCUCUAUACCCAUAACUUUAUUUACUUCUUAUAUCUACACAAUCUAUUUUUUUCAAUCUACCUUUUGGCACCUGUUGUCCUUUUUUGCACUUCUUCAUUAAUUCCAUCACUUAACAUCUUAUUCCAUUCCUGGCUCACAGCUUCUAUCAUUGCAUACAGAAUAUAUCAAAGUCUUUCGGCUCCUGAUAUAAAUUUGUCAGCUACUAUAACCCUGUGAUAUCCAAAAUCAUCCAACUUUGAACAAGGAGUCAUAGUCCUGGACAAAUCUAUCAAAUUGUUAUCUUGAAUUUAGUAUUCGAGUCACCUAUAUCUGCACAGGAGUUUCCUCAAAGCUGUUUUUUCAUUAUAAUAGGGCUUUGAUGGUCCCUUCAAUACAGUCAUCCCACACACCAUUUUUCAAUGAAACUGUGAUUUUAUUGUAAUGGUUUUCAUUUGCUAACAUUUAGUGACAGGGAAGGUUGCAUCAGAACACACCCCAUUCACGCAAAACCUUAAAAGAAUAGAAAUAAGAGGAAAGAUUUGUACAUUCCUUUCCACCUUCGUGCUGCCUACAACACUGUGGAGAACUCACUCCAACGCUCCAUAAGGUUUUCACUUACAUCUCCAACAGAUACCAAAAAACAAUAUGUAUCCUAACUUCAUCAAACUUGCACGCUAAUGCAAAACCAUAACAGUGAUCUCAUAUUCUUUUUUAUUAACAGAUCAGCAUAUCUGACUGCUGCCCAUUUCAUGUAUUUGCAAAGAUAUUCUGUCUUAACACUGCUAAGGAAACUGCAGCACUCUGCAAGUAAGGGAAGCAGAGAGCUGGGGGAGCCAGAGCUGGAGUCCAGCAGCAACAAGGGAUCACCGAGAGCCAGAAGUGCAGGUUGGUAAGCUGGGCUAGCUAUAGUACAAUGCAGCAAUUGAAGCCAGGGGAACCCAAAAGAUGAGCUGCUGAAACUGGUUGCAAGCUCUCUCCCUCACUUUACUUGGAGCAAUGAGAUUCUGAGCCAGGCCACCUGGACUGCCAAGGCCUAUGGAUCCUAGAGAACCUACAGAGAAAACCUCUACUCAGAAAUAAUAUUGCUGCAUGGUAAAUGUUAUGUCAAAUAUUUUCAGCUAUUGGCCACAUUUUGUGCGUUUGGGGACAGCAAGGCUUUAAGGCACUCUAAAGAAACAUGGGGAGUGGUGGGUGAGGGAAGAGCUCCGGUGUUAUGCCAUGGCUCUGCCCCCACUUGGAGUGACAGUGGCAGAGUGUCCUUUUCCACUCCCAGAGAGUCAGGGACAGUAACGGGGUCCCCUUCUUUUGCCAGUAACGGCAACAGGGGCCUCCCAGUGCCACUUGUCCCAGUAGUCAGGGUGUGUCUGAGUGGGUGGGCAAAGCCUCUAGAGCUCUUCUUUUACAGAGUCCUCUGCUGGGGUGGUCUUGGCAAGUCCCCCACCUCUUGAGCAGGGAAUCUUGCAAUUAACACUCUACCCUUGCACAUGGGGGUGUUUCACACAUCAGCGCUGAUGUUCUAGGCUGUUCACAGACAAGGCAGAUAUCAUAGUCACAUUUUUAAGCUUUCCUUUGCACCCAUGAGAGUUAGAAAAAGGUUUUAAAAUGAAAGCUAAGAUACUGAUGUAAUCACAUGACUUCAGGAGCUGGGACCCUAGGCACAGGCCUACACUGUCUAUGCCUUCAUCCAGUGCUGUCUGGGGGUAAAAGGGAUGAGAAUUACAGUCAGGUCUACACUAAAAAGCUAAAUUGGCCCAGCUAUGUCACUCAGGGGUGUGAGAAAUGCAUACCUCUGAGCAACGUAGUAAAACUGACCUAACCCCUGGUUUAGACAGCACUAGGUUAAUGGAAGGCCUACUGCCUCUCAGGAAAGUGGAUUAACUAAUGAGUGGCUACACUGACAUGUUAGUUAUGCCAUUGUAGCGGUAUAAGUGUAGACAUAGCCUUAGGGUUUUUCAUAGAUACAAAUUAUUAGCAUUGCUGUGAAAUUUUAGGGGAUCUUGUGAAAUUUGGCCCUAUUGUGCCAUAGAAUGAGUAUUGCUAACCCUAAACAUUCAAAAACCACUAAAUGACAUGGGUUUUUUCUUUUGCUUUGAGCCAUUAUGUAAGCGGGGGAAUGGUCCCGCUAUUGUGGGAAACAAUACCCAGGUGAAAUGGGCUAGCAAAAGAAUCUGAGUCUUCGCUCCCACUUCCUUUACCCAGAAGCCUGCCUGACCUCAAGGGCUAUCCGCCACUCUCCUGUGUGGCAGAGUCCUCGUAACCCCAACAAGGCUGGGCCCAGGAUUCCUGAGGGGCUCAACCCCUCAACCUUGUCGUGGUCACUUAGGGCAGGGGCUAGGGUGUCCCCACUCCGGGGUGCUCUCUCUGCACUGGAUGCUUCCCUGACCCACUGAUCAUUAUAUACAGUUAAAAGAAAAUACAAUUGAUUGCUGUUUAAUCAAUUUUUUAAAAAAAAGGAAAAAAUGGGAAAGGUUAAAGGAAAACAUGUAACCCCGCUCAGUGGCACAGGGACAUCACAACCAGCAGUCUCUGGAAUGUAAGGGAAGUUCAGUCUGUUCCUCACAAGACUCAGACCUCCUUCUCAGGCCCUGGCUGUGCUGCAGGGAUGCUGCAGGUUGGACACUUGCUCUGGGGGUGGGCCAUAUGCCCUCAGGAUUUAGGUGACAGGACCCUUCAUCCUAGCGUCGCCCCCACCCCAUCGGGCCCCUCCAAGUCUGGCCUGCAAGGCCUCUUGGCUGAGGGAGUCUCCCUGCGCUGGGCCCGCUGCCCAGGGUCCCCCUCGCUCUCCCCAGCUGCUCACCGCACUCAGCUCCAGACUGCUCCAGCCCUAGCCCCAGCUCCAGCUCCAGUCUGCCUCAGCACAGCUGCUGCUUUUCUGCCUCCAGCUCCCUGGGCUGCUUCUCUGGCCCCUCUGGCUCUCCUUGCUACAGCCCUCCUCCCAGUGCAGGUCUGCUCUCUGGGCUGCUUCUGUGACUCUCCUCCCAGCACUGACCUGCUUCCUGGGCUGCUUUUCUGGCCCCUCUGGUUGGCAAGGCUUUCCUCCCCAGCUCAACUCGGGCCCCUGCUCUCUCCUUAGCUCGACCCCACUCUGUCUGACCCAGGCAAUUCCAGCUCAACAUAGAGGACGAGACCUCCCUGGCCUCCUGACUCCCUGAUUAGCCUGCCUGCCCUGUCAAUCAUUGGCCUUUCCCCAUUGUUCCUGGGGACUGUCAGUCCCAGAGUCCUGAUUUCCCAUUGACCCUUCCCCUUGCUUCUGGUACUGGGAGCUAGCCGACCACCCACUCCCUGCCCCAUGAAUUUUAGUAAGGGGCCAACAGUCCCCUUACAUUUAGGGUCCACUUGGGUCACGCUUUCCAGGUUUUCUCUGCAAUCAGAAGUGUUGGAAAUAAAGAGGUUCUUAAUCCCAUGACUCCAAGUGCUAGGUUUUUAAGAAAAACACCAAAUACCAUGAAGCUCGCAAUAAAACUAUGCAUCACUGAGUGCAAUGCGGUUUUGACGAUUAGUAUUGUUAGGAGCUCUUCCUGUUACUAUGAAACUCUAUCAAGGGCAGAUGCUUCAGGCGUUGAGCUUCUUCCCGCCUGACAUUUACACUCUGGGGACGCUUUCCCGUCAAUGAGCAGUGAUUUGUUUGUGUUUGGGGAGAGGAGGCUUCUUCAGCCCUGGGUGCAGGAGCAUGGCUAGGACCUCUGGAGCAGUCGGUACAAGCUGAGCAGGGCAGCAACACUCAGCUCCGCUUUGAAAGAGUUCAGGACGAGCUCUGAGCCUAUUAAAUGUAGGCUGCAGGGGCUGGGUUUCUUUUGCUGGGCUGAGGCUUCCCUUGGCUGCUCCGUCCGGUUCUGCCCUCCAGGUCUUGCUGGCAGUGGGGCGGGGAGAAGGGAGGAGCCGCUGGCGGAGGAUCCGGCCGGGUUUCCUGGAGGGGGAGCUUUAGCGCCCGCUCUCGGGUAGUUGUGUUGCUCUCAGGUUUGUGAAACUUUGCAAAGUUCCCAGGCCGCCCGCGGGCAGGAGCGCCCCGAGCGCGGUCAUGCUGGGGCUGGCCGGCCGCGGCAAGUGGUGGGGCAGGCGGGGCCGGGCGCCCCGGGGAGCGGGGGCGCUGCUGGCCCUGGGGCUGCUGGCGACAGUGGGUUUCCUGGUGUGGCGGCGCGUCCCCCCGGAGAGCGAUGCUGCGCGUCCUGCCCGCGGAGCCCCCCAGCCGCCACUGCCCGGAGACCCCGAGCGCCUGCGGAGACCCGUGUACGAGAAGCCGCCCCUGGAGCCUGGGGCGCUGGGCGAGUUGGGCCGGGCUGUGCGGCUGGAGCGGAGCCCGGCCGAGAAGAACCUCCAGGAGGAGAGUAUCCGGCAUCACCAGAUCAACAUCUACCUGAGCGACCGCAUCUCCCUGCACCGCCGCCUGCCCGAGCGCUGGAACCCGCUGUGCAAAGAGAAGAAAUACGAUUAUCAUAACCUGCCAAAAACCUCAGUUGUAAUAGCUUUUUAUAACGAGGCUUGGUCAACACUUCUGCGAACAGUUCAUAGUGUUCUUGAGACAUCCCCAGAUAUUCUGCUGGAAGAAGUUAUCCUGGUGGAUGAUUAUAGUGACAAAGACCAUUUAAAGAAACCUUUGGAAAACUAUGUGGCUGGUUUACGCAAGGUGCGUCUUAUUCGCGCAAAUAAAAGAGAGGGACUGGUUCGAGCUCGACUUCUGGGAGCUUCUCUUGCGAAAGGAGAUGUUUUGACAUUUCUUGAUUGCCACUGUGAGUGUCAUGAAGGGUGGCUUGAACCAUUACUGGAAAGAAUUGGGGAAGAUGAGUCAGCAGUUGUGUGUCCUGUGAUUGAUGUGAUUGAAUGGAAUACAUUCGAGUACUUGGGAAAUGCUGGGGAACCACAGAUUGGAGGGUUUGACUGGAGACUGGUCUUCACUUGGCAUGUUAUCCCAGAGAGGGAGCAAAAAAAAAGAAAAUCCAAAACUGAUGUAAUCAGGUCUCCAACCAUGGCUGGUGGAUUGUUUGCUGUCAGCAAGAAAUAUUUUGACUAUCUUGGCUCUUAUGACACAGGAAUGGAAGUAUGGGGAGGAGAAAAUCUUGAAUUCUCAUUUAGGAUCUGGCAGUGCGGAGGAAGUCUUGAGAUCCACCCAUGUUCUCAUGUAGGUCACGUUUUCCCCAAACAAGCUCCCUACUCACGCGCCAAGGCCCUGGCUAACAGUGUACGCGCAGCAGAAGUUUGGAUGGAUGAAUACAAAGAGCUUUAUUACCACCGAAAUCCACAUGCACGUAUGGAGCCCUAUGGAGAUGUGACAGAAAGGAGGCUGCUUCGAGAGAAGCUCAAAUGUAAAGACUUUAAAUGGUUCUUGGAGAAUAUUUACCCUGAACUUCAUGUACCUGAAGACAGACCUGGCUUCUUUGGAAUGCUGCAAAAUAGAGGAAUGGCAAAUUACUGCUUUGAUUAUAACCCUCCAAAUGAACAUGAAGUAACAGGGCACAGAAUCAUAUUAUACCCAUGCCAUGGUAUGGGACAAAAUCAGUUUUUCGAAUAUACAUCUCAUAAUGAAAUACGUUACAACACCCGGCAGCCUGAAGCCUGUGCAGCAGUUGAUUCCGAGACUGACUAUUUGACAAUGUACUUGUGUCAAGACAGUGUUCAAAAUAUUCCUGAAAAUCAGAAAUUUGUUUUCAGAGAGGAUGGUACUUUGUUCCAUGUACAAACCCAGAAGUGCCUACAAGCCGAGUCUAACUCUUACAAUGGAAAUCCAGCACCAUUAUUGCGACCAUGUAGCAAUUCAGAAUACCAAAAAUGGUUCUUCAAAGAAAGAAGUUGAUCCAGAUGUCAUCAACUGUAUGGCUGAAUAUGAAAAUGUUAACUUUCUAGUCAGAGCUAGGAAAUCUGUGGAAAAAUUACAUAGCUGAUCUAUUUUUGUAUGAAAAGAGUUGUAACUUGUUUACAAGUUGUAAACCUUGUUUUCUGGAGCACUAAAAGGCAUUAAGGGUUGAACUCUAUUGAACGGGCACUGUGAAUAAACUGUGCUGCAGAAAUCUCCUCUUCCCCUGUUCUCUUUACUUGGCAGCUAUACUGUUUCUAAAAUGUUUUAUGCUUUUCCACACGUGACUAUAUUUUUUUAACCUACUGUGUGCAAGUAAGGAAGUGAAAGUAAUUGCACUAAUGCUAUCUGCCAGUAACUUUAAAAUGUUUAUUUUUCUAAAACAUUCUACAGUGGUGGCUUUUGAACAGAUAUUAGUUAAGGAUUCUUCUUUUAAAUUCCAAAAAUGUAAAUUUAGGUCAAAUUCUGCCCUGAGAUGUGAAAGUCGAGCAGAGAUCUCAUUGAAAUCAACAUGGAGUUGCAUGUCUACAUCUCAAGCCAGACUAGGUCCUAAUAAUUUUGCACAAACACUCCAGAUUGCACAUAUUUGACUGAAUGUCAUAACAUUUUAAAUGUUCAUGGUACUUGACAGAUUCCUAAUAAAGCUGCUUAAGGUUAUCUUUGGAGUAAAAUUAGUGAUUAAUUACUGAUCUUUCAUUAGUCUAAGAAAUAAAGCACCAAUAUUAAAAAUGACUUUGUGGGAAGAAUUAAAUUCAUAUGGGGCCCAAUUUUAGAAGUGUGCUAUGUACUUUAAAUGGAAGUUCUGCAUGCACAAAUCGUUCAAGAUCAGACUCAUAGUAAUAAUUACUCACACUAAAGCUUUAAUUCAAAGUUCAGUUUUUAAGCAAAUACAUUUAAAAAUGGAUAACUUCAGUUUCAUUGAUACUGUUAAUGCACUCCUUUUCUACAAAAAUCAUUAAAACAAAUUAUUUUGUAGUACAUUUAAGUGAUAAUUUUUGUAAUUGAUGCUAAUCUAAACAUUUGUCUUCGUGAUUGUAAUUGUUUUCUAAGAAUUUUGAUUAUGAAUAACAAGCUGUUCAAUUCAUCAUGUACAUUCCUGCUGAAAGUCUGGAUAUUUAAUUAGCAUCUAUACAAGACGCUGUCUGCUUAGUGCAUAGGAAUUGCCAUAUUAAAUCAGACAAGUUAUCAUAGUCCAGUAGUUUGUCUUUGACAGUGGUAAGGAACAGAUGCUUCAGCCCAUAAAGCAAGUUUCUUCCUUAUCUCUGUCAGAGGUCCACUUAUGUGCUAAAGCAUGAGUGUUUAUAUCUCUUCCAAAAUACUUAAAUUUAUUCUUUUAUCCUUACUUUUGUAAUUAUGGAUGUUCUUGUUAUCCAUAUAAACAUCCAUACCUUUUCUGAAUCCUGGUGAACUCAUGUCAUAUUUGCAUACUUAUUUUAUGAUUGUUGGGGACUCUGUGCCUUUAGAGGAUAUGUAUGUAGGUUCUUCCAAGAUUGUAGCAAAACUAAUGUUUUUAUAAGCACCUUUACAAUUCUGCCUCUGUGGAUUUGGUUGAUGAAACUGAUAUUGGAUCUAAUAAAAUAAUUUGUGAAUUAAUAGUUUAGAAA